AACCAAAAAACAAACAAAAGUCCUAAGGGAAGGGAGACUCCCAUUGAGAAUGUGUCUCUCAGAGGAACAGUUAACUUUGAGAGCCUUCCGUGUGGUCGUCUACAGUCUCAUUCUGACGUCCAAAUUGUCCUGGUCUCCUCCGUGGGGCUGGGGCAAUUCCAGCUCCAGACCACCCUCCCCUCCCACGUCCAACCUCACGCUGUCAGUUGCUUCCCUGGAUGUUGCGUCAUGGACGGUGAUGAAAUCAGCCAUCAGUGGAUUUUACCCGUGGAUGCAAUAGGCUGCGAACCCAGCACGGAUCACUGCCACUGCACCUUCAACUGCCUAGAACUUGUAGCGACACUGUUUCAGCCAUGGGGUAGGACGGGGUGGGGGUGGAACGUCGAAGUUGGAUUUGCAGUACUUGUUUCCACUGGUUCUCUGAAAAAUCAUUGCCUCAAUCCCACAGAACCGAUGACAACCUCAGGCUAAGUGGAAUGAGAAGUCAAGCAGUUCUUAGUCAACAUUAUAACCCCAAAGUACCCUUCCCACAAUGAGGGCUGGCACAGUAAUGUCUUACCCUGCCCUGAAAAGACAUCUCAGGUCACAAAGUACUUUCAUGGUUACUGUUGCCUCCAAAAGCAGGACCUCCCAGUAAAAAAGAUACUCUUUCCCACGGUGGAAAAGAAGGGCUUUGUUCUCACGUAGAUGGUAUCACACAGGAACCAAAGUUCAUUUCAAACUGAGCUCACCAUGGGAUUUGGCGAUGAAUGAAUGCUGUUUUGGUUUUUCCUUGGGCAAGAGGAAGUGAGGAAAUCAGAGUGGGAUGAGGUAAGAAUAAUGCCUUGAGAGGCAAAAAUAUCAGACAGAUUGCACGGGAAGGAACUGGAGACGGCAUGAAUUAAAAUAUUCGUUCCUUCCCCGCCCCGGCUGCAGCUAUCUCUGUUCCUGGAGAGCGUGACACAUGUCCCAUCCUCGGCCUCCAGCCACAGCAACCUCAACACUCAUUUCCCCUGGAACCAAGGAGCUGUACCUGGGCUCUCCACAGAGGGAGAUGAUGCAGGGAGGGGAAUCCCACCUGCUCUGAGUCACCUGCUAGUGUAAAGGGCGGGUCUCACAACUCAGGGACCUUAAAAAGAGACUGCGAGACAAAGGGAAGAAAACAGGAAGCAUCUUAGAAACCGGACUACAAGAGUCAGAACAAAGGGAGGCGGGUGGAGAGUCCACCAGGCCUGGUGCAGGUCACAGAACCAGCCGGAUUUGAGACGCAGACAAGAAGAUGCUGGGUUGUAGAGCCAUACUACUGCUGUGGCUGCUGCCCUGGGCGGCGCAAGGCCUGGCGGUGCCUAGGAGCAGCAGCCCUGACUGGGCACAGUGCCAGCAGCUCUCUCAGAACCUCUGCACACUGGCCUGGAGUGCACAUCCUCGAGAGGGACCCUUGGAUCUGCUAAGAGAAGAAGGAGGUGAAGAGGCUAGAAAUGACGUCCCGCACAUCCAGUGUGGGGACGGCUGUGAUCCCCAAGGACUCAAGGACAACAGCCAGUUCUGCCUGCAAAGAAUCCACCAAGGUCUGGUUUUUUAUAAGCAGCUGCUGGACUCAGACAUCUUCACAGGGGAGCCUUCUCCACUCCCUGAUGUGGGCCAGCUUCAUACCUCCCUACUGGGCCUCAGCCAACUCCUCCAGCCAGAGGAUCAGCGCUGGGAGACUCAACAGAUGCCUAGCCUGAGUCCCAGCCAGCAGUGGCAGCGUCCCCUUCUCCGCUCCAAGAUCCUCCGAAGCUUCCAGGCCUUUGUGGCAACAGCUGCCCGGGUCUUUGCCCAUGGAGCAGCCACCCUAGCUGAGCCCUUAAAGCCAACAGUUUAAGUAUGGCACCCAGGUUCCCAGCAAUGAUAAGAUCAAUCUACCAAUCCAGGCAUCUAUAAGCCAACAAGCUAACUGACCCAUUAGUACUUUUGGUUGUUGUUUUGUUUUGUUUGAAGGGCAAGGACAACUUUACUAAAGGGGAGGGGGACCAGAACAGGUGGCUCCCUAGAGGAAGGAGAUGGAGAUGAGGAAUAAAGACAUGGCCUUUGCCAUGGAAGCUGGCAAGCAACCGUAUGGUGGAAGGGGUGGGAGCAUGUCAGGGAAGCAAUGAGAAAGACCAGAGCACCAGAAAAAGUGAGCCCAAGCUUUACCCAGAUGGAAGCUCGGUACCUGCCUGCUUAGUCCCUGAAGACUGCAGACGGCCAACGUGGACUGACUGUGGUUUCACCUGGGGCAAAGCUGCACUGCAGACGGCCAACGUGGACUGACUGUGGUUUCACCUGGGGCAAAGCUGCAUAUUUAUUAAUCUGGAAGGGAGAUUUUGGUAUUUAUCCUUGUGAAAGAAGUUUACAGGAUUGUUAUUUAUUUUAUUUAUAAGGAAUUAUGUAUUUUUUCCAAUAAAGACUUAUUUAUGUGGC